AUGAUGUUCGAUAAGCCGCUACCAACGUCGACCACGCUGCUGUUCAUCGGCGCAGUGGCCUUCAAGGCUGGGUGGAAGACUCAGUUCGACUCUUCAGAAAGCAAACUGAUGCAAUUUUACAACAAUGCCACCCAGCCUGUGCCAGUGAAAGCCAUCUGUGGAAGCGUGAAAGCGCGCUACGACAAAAAUAACGGGUUUUACGACAGUCAGCUGUUGGAUCUACCGCUUAAUGUGGGAGGCUACACGAUGACCAUCAGUUUGCCGAUAUCCAGAAACGGAACUUCAAGAACGCGCCGCCAUCUGUCGACCUCCUUCCUUUGGCGUUUCGUAAACGACGCACCCGAGGAAAUCGUCAAGGUCUGCAUCCCCAGACUGCAACUAGUGUCCAAGCACUCGUUGAAAGAACUGUCUUGGGGAGCAUUGGGCACGUGGCUGGAUAACCUAUUCGGGCGUAAAGAUGCGCCAGACAACUACCACCGCUUCCCUGAUCUGUCGGGAAUCACGAAGGACAAAAUGAUGUACGUCGACGACAUAGUGGCGACGUCGGUCCUCGAAAUUGACGAGACCGGCGUGACUGCGGGCAGCACAGGCGCAGGUCUCCUGAGAGUUGACGACGCAACCCCGCCAGCUGAUUUCGUAGCUGAUCACCCUUUUGUGUUCAUCAUCUGGAACAAGUACGGCGAUAUACUCUUCAUAGGAGAGAUUGACAGCCUCCCGGCGGCUUCCUGA